ACGUAAUUAAACAUGGCGGCCUCCAGGUGUCGGUAUUUUCUCCGUUGUGCAGGGCUGAACAUGCCUAGGCCUAGGCAAAAUUUUAUGGAAAUUCAUCAUGAAAUAUUUUUCAGCCAGUGUAGGCAAUUAUCGUUUUACAAAUUUAGUACUAAAAAUUUUAAACUCACCAGAUCCACUUGUUUAUUAGGUUCUCUGAUUACAAUUGGCUCGACAGCUACUAUUGCCGGGAUUUCGUGGAGCCGGAGCGUUUAUAAACGUGCAUCAUCGGCGCUGGAUGGCAGUCUGGGCAUAGGCCUAGCUCAGAGUUCAAGUGUUUUACUACCAGGGGUCUCCUUUAUUCAGGCACGAGAAGUAGAACAUAUAACAAGGCAGACUGACACAACCGGACUUAAGCUCACAUUGUAUCAAUAUCAAGUUUGCCCAUUUUGCUGCAAAGUUCGAGCAUUUCUUGAUUACCAUGGCCUGUCUUACAAUAUUGUAGAGGUUGACCCAAUCUUCAGGAAAGAAAUCAAAUUCUCUGAAUACCGAAAAGUUCCAAUACUUGUUUAUGAAGGCCCAGAAGAAGAUGAUCAAGUGCAAAUGAAUGAUUCUUCAGUGAUAAUCAGUGCUUUGAAAAGUUUUCUUGUGGCAGACAAUAAGGAUCUCCGUCAGAUUGUUACCUUUUUCCCUAAAAUUGAAAGCCAGUCAGGAGGAUGGAUGAGUCGGAAGGUUGUGGAGUAUGCCAAUCGUCAUGAGAUUAUGCUUGGAAUACCCGGAAGAACCAAAGAAAUGAAACGCGAAAGAAAAUGGCGCAUAUGGGUAGAUGAUGUUCUGGUACACAACCUGCCCCCGAAUAUCUACCGCACUUGGAAAGAGGCAGUCCAGGCGUUCAGCUACAUAGCAGAGAAGGCAAAUUUUAACAGUUGGGAGAAAUAUGUUAUCCAAUAUGUUGGAGCACUUGGCAUGUAUUUUGUCAGCAAAAAAUUAAAAAAGAAGUACAACCUACCCGAUGAUGUACGAUCAUCUCUGUACAACGCAGCAAAUGACUGGAUGAAAUCUGUUGGGAAUAAGGACUUUCAUGGAGGAGUGGAACCAAACAUGGCUGACUUGGCUGUCUAUGGAGUCUUGAGUUCUAUUGAAGGUCUGGAUGCAUUUAACGACAUGGUUUCUGAAACAAACAUCGGUCCUUGGUACCAUAGAACAAAAGAUGCAGUUGUCAACCAUCGUGGAGCAAAAUGAUAUUUUAAUAUACAAUUUUAAUUCUUUUUGAAUUAUUUGAACAAUAUUGUACCCUAUGUUUGAAUAUUUCAUUGAAUACAGUACCAUUUUAUUUUCUGGUUGCAUGUAUUAAUUGGUCAUUGAGUCAGUUAUGAAACAAUGAACCCUUUGGUUGAUUUGAAAUGUAAUGCCUGCGAAAUUUUUGGAAAUUUUACUAUGUAUUGUGCCUCAAAAUUCAAGGUCAAUCAAUAACUCUUUUUUUACUACUAAUUCUCUCCCUUUGUAUUUUUGUUGGUACCAUAGGACUGAAAUCCUGGUUUAAGGCAAUAAAUCUAUUAAAGAAACAUCAUACAAG